UACCUUGUCUAUCUUUGUUUAAGAGGCAACAAAAAAAAUUCGGCAUGACAUUUUUAUUUAUUUACAUAUUUGUUUCCACACUAUGUAAAGAUCAGGACGUUAUUAGUGAUUUAGCCAUUAUAGGCCAGAGUUUAAAAUUUUUUCGCACCAAGAUGUUUUCAUUCAAAAUCUCAAUAGUGCUUGAAGAUUUAAAAAAGGCCUGCAUUCAGUCCAGAAAAGUUUUUGGUAUGUAGCUAAAGCAUCAUAUAAGUAAAACUUGUUCACUUUCCUGACAGUAAGGGAUAUUUUUCGGACACAUUGCACAUUGGUGUAUGGAACAGUAAUGUACACUGUGUUAUUGAGACAUUUAGUAUUUAACUUAUUGAGCCGAAGUAAGCAACACAAUCUUUGGUCCUCCUACCAAUCUUUUGGUCUUUCCCACAUCAGGCAGUUCCCCAAUAUGUUUAACACUGAUCAGCCAAGAGGAAGACAACGGUUUUCAACCCCUGCCCCUUGCAUGGUGAAAAGGACAGACUUUUCUCUGUAUGUUCUGUCGGAACCCAGUCAGCUCACACCAAAGGUCUCAGAAGAGCUGGAACUUGCGCAUGCUGGCCUUGGGAAAAGAAUAUUAAGCAUACCAGACAACCUGAAACAUGACGAGAUUGUGGCUCUUCUUGAGGAGGAAUUUCCUAAACUGAAGACCUUACAAGGAGGCUGGAUGUUUUUUAAGUCUACAGGUGGUAGUGGACGUCGCAAGCUGUCCAUAAUACCAACUGAUGCUGAGGGUUACUCCACAAGGCUUCUUAAAUCAGCAUCACACAAUGGAAAAAACAUAGUGUUUGUAGUUCCACUACAGGAGAAGCUAUCUACUGAACCUCUUUCCAGUGAUUCAGUAGAGUUUGCCAAAAUGCCACAGUCUAAAUGCAUCACAUGUGGCACUCAAAUGCCUUUGCAGCUGUUACCAUUGCAUGUUGAGGAAUGCAAUGGCACAUUGACUGAGAGUGCAGCUGGGACGCCUAUCGAAGAUUGUUCAGUUCUUGAGCAACCAGUGCCAUCUGCCAUAGCCUUGGAGGAAUUCUUAGGGGAGAGUGCAGCUGGGACACCUAUCGAAGAUUGUUCAGUUCUUGAGCAACCAGUGCCAUCUGCCAUAGCCUUGGAGGAAUUCUUAGGGGGUUGCCCAAUCUGUUUUGGAUUUUACCCAGCUGAUGUUAUCUCAUCCCAUGCAAGCACAUGUGGUGAUGACAGAUUGAACUGUGCUCGACCAAGAGAAGCAGCCAUUUCCCAAAGAGGAGAAGAAUUGCCGGGACCCUCAGUUCCACAAUUGUCAUCAGUGUCAACAUUGACCAGUGAAACCGACCCACAAAAAGCAUGUCAGUUGUUCAGAGAAGAACUACUGAACUGCAACUCUGACAGCCCACGCCUCUGUCUUUCACUGGACAUGUUUGAAGAUGAAGAAGAACAAGACAGCGCAUUCAUCUCAUUUUAUAAGCAAAGUAAUGUGAACUGGGCAGCUCCGUUCAAGUGCAAACUGAGAGCAGUUGGUGAUGGUAUCAACAGACAUGUUUUUUCAAUGGCCAUGGGAAAACUGAAAACAGGCUUCAAAAUCAAUUUAGGGUCUGCUGCAACAACAACCCUUUUUGAGGGCGAAAAAGAACACCUGGUUCCCUCUGCAGCUGCUGUUCUGCGGGAGAGCAACCUGUUUGAGAUGGCAGGUCGUAUGAUCGCUCAUUCUUUCCUACGCAGUGGGUUCAGCUUCUCUGGACUCAGUUUGCCUGUUGUGACCCUGUUGACUGGUGGGAGCAUCAGCUCUCAUCCUGGAGGACUGUCCUGACAUUGAGCAUCGUCAAACAAUUGGUUUGCUGAAAAAUGAUGAACUUACUGCAGAAGAAAAAUCGAAAUUGAUGGAUCUUUGCCUCUUCUGGGAUCUUCCAUAUCCAACCUCUACGAACCAUGUCUGGCUCUUCCAGGAACUGCUCUCACAUGCAGUACUUCGCCGUGUUAAACAGCAAAUAAAACAAAUACAGAAGGGUCUAAAAGAAACGGGGAUUUGGCAGCUCCUUACAGAGAGGCCAGAUGUUCACCCCUUCAUUUUCCCUAGGGAGUCAGAUGAGAAGCUUCAUGCACAGACCGUGAUCCAAAGUAUUACCUGGCCACAACCCAACUUUGACAGUGAUGAAGAUGAAGAUGAGAGUGUUCCAUUGGAAAAAAUAAGUCUUGUCACUGGAUUUUUGAGAAAAUUCAUAGAGGAAGCAUCACCAGACCUGAUGAAGUUUUGGGUCGGGUGGGAACUGCCAACGAAAAACCUCAACGUUGAGGUAGUAACCUCAACAUAUCCAGUGGUUCUCACCUGCUUCUUCAAGUUAAAGCUCCCCAGCCACUAUGAGACCUACAGGAUGUUUCACCAAGACUUAAUGAUGGCACUCAGCUCCAUAAGCUCUGGUUUUGGACUGGUUUAGGGGUGAAUGUUUUCUACUUAACCCUUCUUUAAAAAUGGUGUCACUUAAAAGAGCAUUCACUGUUAAUUUAUGGUCCAAUUAGUUUCCAGGGUUUAAUUAUUCUAGUUUUGAUUAAGCCACAGUCAUCUGUUGAGAUAAAAAAAAAAAUUAUAGUUGAUUCGGUGACUUUGUGAUAUGUUCCACGAGUUAAAUACUCUUUUUGAGAUACUGUUGCUUUUGUACUAGCAGUAUAAAUUGUUGAAUAACUCUAAGAUCAGAUGUUUAGGUAAAAAAGUUUCUCUAACAUUGGUACUUUGUUCAGUAAUAAGUUAUACAUGACAGUUUGUGCACUUCACUGUUGGUUUGGUAAAGCCAUUGUGUCAAAUACCACUGUUCCCUUUUAGCAUUUAAUAAAAAAAAUGCUGUACCACUA